CCAGGUCCUACUGUCGGUCUCCUUCCAGGCAUUUCAUACCUCCAAGAUUCAGAUUUGAUUCUACAUCUCUUUCUUUUGCAUCCCCGACAACAGAGCUUGUUGCCAGCUCAAGAACAGUAAUCCACCUCUUCCUGUUACUGCCAUGAGGAAUACGUACACCCUCUUUCUCUUUGUGGUGGGCUCCUUUUAUUUUAAUGGAAGCACCGCAGCAGAUGCUGAAGAAAAGCUAAUGAACCACCUACUGAGUCCUGACAGGUACAAUAAGUUAAUUCGACCAGCUGUCAACUCAUCCCAGUUGGUAUCUAUAGAACUGCAAGUUUCCCUGGCACAGCUCAUCAGCGUGAAUGAACGGGAGCAGAUCAUGACUACAAAUGUCUGGCUGAACCAGGAGUGGACUGAUUAUCGUUUGGCUUGGAAGCCCUCUGACUAUGAAGGAAUAAAUAGGCUGAGAAUACCUGCAAAACACAUCUGGUUGCCAGACAUUGUGCUUUACAAUAAUGCGGAUGGCACUUAUGAGGUUUCACUCUACACAAAUGCGCUUGUAAUGAAUAAUGGAAGCAUUCGAUGGUUGCCACCAGCUAUUUACAAGAGUGCCUGCAAGAUUGAAGUUAAGCAUUUCCCAUUUGAUCAACAGAACUGCACCCUGAAGUUCCGGUCUUGGACAUAUGAUCAUACAGAAAUUGAUAUGGUCCUUAAAACUUCCAUGGCAAGCAUGGAUGACUUUACACCAAGUGGAGAGUGGGACAUUGUAGCACUCCCAGGAAGAAGAACUGUCAAUCCUUUGGAUCCCAAUUAUGUUGAUGUGACAUAUGACUUCAUUAUUAAAAGGAAACCUCUUUUUUAUACCAUUAAUCUUAUCAUCCCCUGUGUGCUAAUUACAUCCUUAGCCAUCCUGGUGUUCUACUUGCCUUCAGACUGUGGUGAAAAAAUGACCUUAUGCAUAUCUGUGUUGCUUGCCUUGACUGUGUUCUUGCUGCUGAUCUCCAAAAUUGUCCCUCCAACAUCUCUAGAUGUUCCACUGAUUGGGAAAUAUCUUAUGUUUACAAUGGUUCUGGUGACCUUCUCAAUAGUUACCAGUGUCUGUGUACUCAAUGUCCACCACAGAUCUCCAAGUACUCACACAAUGCCCCCUUGGGUAAAGCUGGUGUUCCUUGAAAGACUCCCAGCCUAUCUGUUCAUGAAGCGUCCAGAAAACAACUCUGCACGGCAAAAGCUGUGCAACUGCAAAAAGACAAAAGGAGAGAAGCCAGCCGACUUCUACAAGAACUCUACCUAUUUUCUGAACACAGCCUAUGCCAAAAAAUACGACACAAAAAUCACAGAGACUCCUGACAAUGUCAGCACUCAUCCAGAGUUUAGGUUAAGAACAGGCACCAAAUUUUCCCCUGAAGUCCAAGAAGCAAUUGAUGGAGUCAGUUUUAUAGCAGAGCAUAUGAAAAGUGAUGACAACGACCAGAGUGUCAUUGAAGAUUGGAAGUAUGUUGCCAUGGUAGUGGACAGGCUGUUCCUCUGGAUAUUUGUCCUUGUUUGUGUUCUGGGGACUGUUGGAUUAUUUCUGCAGCCACUUUUUCAAAACCACACUACUGCCAUGAACCCUUAGUUGUCAUUUAAAAUUGUCAGUACUUACACAGAUGUUUGGUCUCAUUCCGCUCUCAAUUCCCCUCCGUUAAACCCACAGAGAUGCCAAGUGAUGUGCUUUUACAUCAGAUUUAGAGUAGGGAAAUGGAAAGCAGAAGUUGACUUACUGGGAUAGGAAAAAAGAGU